CUCACCACCAGUAAAUGAUAUUUGUACUCACAGCUUCUCCCAUAACAAGUUCUCAUAGAAAAUCUUUUCAUAAAAAACUUAGUUGCAAUGAGUUAAAAGUGUUCUUAGCGCAGGCUUUAGGAUAUCGUUUUACGAUGAUCGACCAUGUAAGUUAAGGAAUAUGGGGAGGGAGAUUCGUAAAUUAAACAGCCCCACAAAUACAGUGACUUUGAGAAGAUGGCGACCCGGGGGUCAGGCCGACCGCCUCCGAGACCAAGAUCGCGAAAUUCUCCUCCUGUUGGUCAGCAGGGGAUGGGAGAGAGGAUGCACCAAGGAGGAGGAAACAGAUCAGGCAUGUCUCGUCCCGGGAGUGCCUCCCCACAGCCUGCUGGUGGAGAGGGUGGGAAGAGAGGAGGACGGCCCCCGCCUCUACACAAGAGAGAAAUCUGCAUAGAUGAGGAGGUGAAGAUUGCAGUCAGGAUAGCUGUGGAGAAGUUCAGGUACAACGAGAGUCAGAAAGAGUAUGAGUUUCCAUCGAGUUUGACCUCUGUGGAGAGAGCCUUCAUCCACAGGUACUGUCAGAGUCUAGGAAUCAAGACAAAGAGCAGAGGAAAGGGCAGCAACCGCUAUUUGACAAUCUUCAAAAAGGACAGCAGGACAAUGGGGUUGGGUACAGCCACCUUCACCCUGUGUCGCAGUGCCAGGCACCACACUCACACCCUCCUGCAGAGGUUUCCUAUCACGGGCAGGGAGAGACAGGAGCUCAUGCCUAGGACUGAGAGGGGUAUUGGAGAAGGGCACAGUAGAGAAGGGAACAGAGCUUCAGGUUUGAAUGGUCGCCUGAACAAUGGUAUCCAGCAGGUGCCCCCUUCUCGGGGACAGUCAGAGUUUGACAAUUUUCGCCGGACGUUGCCUGUGGCUGUCCUGCAGGAAGUCAUUGUCAAGACUGUCAAUGAGAACCAGGUGGUGCUGAUUGCCGGGGAAACUGGGUCGGGAAAGACCACUCAGGUCCCCCAGUUUAUCUUAGAUGAUGCCCAGUGUACCAACCGACCAUGUCGGAUCAUCUGCACCCAGCCACGCAGAAUCUCUGCCCUGACAGUCGCAGAGAGGGUGGCGAGUGAGAGGGGAGAGAAGAUUGGCCAGACUGUGGGCUACCAGAUCAGACUGGAAAGCAGGGUUUCUCCAAGAACCUUGCUGACAUUUUGCACCAAUGGUGUUCUUCUGAGAACUCUGAUGGGAGGGGACAGUGCACUGACCACCAUCACACAUGUCAUUGUGGAUGAGAUCCAUGAGCGAGACAGAUUUAGUGACUUCCUGUUGAUCAAGCUGCGUGAGAUGUUGGGUUACUUCAAGGGCCUGAAGGUUGUCCUCAUGAGUGCAACCCUCAACACUGAACUGUUCCAGCAGUACUUUGGAAGUUGUCCACUCAUCAAUGUUUCAGGAAACCUGUUUGAUGUGACAGAAUUCUUCUUGGAAGAUGUUUUAAGAAGUACCAACUACUCCAACCAGAAGAUGCAGAAGUACAAGAAAGAGAGGGGGCAAUUGGAGCAACAGCAGUCCUCACUUGACCAGUGGUACCAACAGGGUGGCACCCCCGCCCCGGGAGUGGUCAGUCCCAAAGAACAGCUGACUCAGCACCUGGCUGAGAAGGACCUGGACACAGCACAGCAGGAGGACUAUGAGGUCAGCGACCUACAGGACAUCCCCCAGGAGAGAGAUGUGAGCGAGAUGGAACCCUGGCUCAUACAGGAGAUGGAUAAGUGCAUCAUGACUGCCUGGCUAAAUAAUGAUGCUGAUGCGUAUGUCCAGCUAUUCCAUCUCAUCAUGAGUGAAAAUGUCAGUGUUGACUAUCGGCACAGUGAGACGUGCUCCACUACUCUGAUGAUUGCAGCAGGUCGAGGCAACGUGGCAGCAGUGGAACAGCUGUUAGCACUGGGAGCCAACAUCAACCUCCGAGCACCCAAUGGACUGACUGCUCUUGACUGGGCAAGAAAGUUUGGUCAGACAGAUACUGUAGAGGUGCUAGAAGCUUAUAUAGCAUCCAGUGAGAUCACUGUGAGUGAUGACUCUCUGCUGGUGAGUGAGAGCAGCCAGCUGAGUGCAGAAGACAGGGAACUGCUGAAGGCGUACCACCAGAGCUUUGAUGAUGAACACGUGGACCUGGAUCUCAUCCUGUGCCUGCUCUUCAACAUCUGUAGCAGUCAGGAGGAAGGGGCCAUCCUGGUGUUCUUACCUGGCUAUGAGGAGAUAGUGACCCUGCGAGAUGCCAUUAUGUGGGACGACAAGAGAUUCUGUGAUACCAGCAGGUACCAGGUGUAUACUCUACACUCUGCUAUGCAGUCAGGGGACCAGAAAAGGGUUUUCCAGCAACCCCCAGCCGGAGUCAGAAAAAUUAUCCUGUCGACCAAUAUUGCUGAAACAAGUGUCACCAUCAAUGAUGUGGUAUUUGUGAUUGACUCAGGAAAAGUCAAAGAGAAAUCCUUUGAUGCUCUGACAUCUGUGUCCAUGUUGAAAAGUGUAUGGGUGUCUAAAGCUAGUGCCCAGCAGAGGAAGGGCAGGGCAGGCAGGUGUCGCCCAGGUGUGUGUUUCCACUUGUUCAGCAGGGUGAGGUAUGACAGCCUUCAGGAGUACCAGGACCCUGAGCUGCUCAGGACGCCACUACAGGAACUAUGCCUGCAGACAAAGCUCCUGUCUGCACCCAACACCCCCAUAGCAGAGUUCCUGGCCAAGGCCCCCGAGCCACCUGCUUUCCUGGUGCUGAGAAAUGCUGUGCAGUUGCUAAAGACUGUAGAUGCCCUUGACAUGUGGGAGGACCUAACAGAGCUGGGACACCACAUGGUGGACCUCCCCAUAGAGCCUAGACUGGCCAAGAUGGUGCUGUACUCUGUUGUCCUGAAGUGUCUGGACCCUGUCCUCACCAUCGCCUGUGCUCUGGCAUACAGGGACCCCUUUAUCCUGCCCAACCAGCCAUCCCAGAAGCGUGCAGCUGUGUACUGCAGGAAGAAGUUCUCUGCUGGUGCUUACAGUGAUCACAUGGCCCUCCUGAGAGCAUUUCAGGGCUGGCAGAAGGCCAAGAGUGAUGGCUGGGAGCGCAGUUUCUGUGAGAAGAACUUUCUCUGCCAGGCCACCAUGGAAAUGAUCUUUGGCAUGAGGACUCAGCUGUUGGGUCAGCUGCGGGCCUCUGGGUUUGUACGCGCUCGAGGAGGAGGGGACAUCAGGGACCUGAACACAAACUCCGAGAACUGGGCAGUCAUCAAGGCUGCCCUGUGUGCUGGGAGCUAUCCAAAUAUGGUUAGAGUGGACAGGGAAAACCUCUGGCUGACAACACAGAUGGAGAAAAGUGUUCGUUUCCACAACACUUCUGUUCUCGGACAAGCGGCAAACCCAAAGGUCACAGUAGCGCUGUCUCACGCCCAGAGUGUCACCAAGCUGCCCACUGAUUGGCUGGUGUAUGAGGAAAUCUCAAGGGCACACCGUUAUGCCUAUGUGCGAUGCUGCACACUGAUGAGCCCCGUCACAGUCGCCAUAUUUGCAGGCCCCUCACGGCUCCCACUGGAUGCUCUGACGGACCCCAACGCACCUGACAACAGACCAGGGGGUGAUGACCAGUUUGAGAACUACAGUGACAGUGGAGGGGAGGAGGGGGAGAACAACAAGCGUGCCACUACCAAGUUGGAUGACUGGAUUUCUUUCAAGCUGGAUUCAGAGGCGGCCCACCUGCUGCUGCAGCUGCGGUACAAAUGGCAUUCUCUCUUCCUGCGCCGCAUGAGAGCACCUGCCAAACCAUGGUCACAGGUGGAUGAGGGUGUUAUCAGAGCUGUGAUUGGUGUGCUGUCCAGCGAGGAGCAGGCCCUGGGCCUCCAACAGCCUUCUGGGAUAGGACAGAGACCACGCCCAAUGUUUAACUGGGAUUUUUCCUCUUCAGCCACAGAGUCCUAUGGUUCCCAGAGGGGCAGUAGGAAGAACUCAACUGAGUACCAAGCACCUGAACCCUCAUUCCUAGCCUUGUGGAAGUCGAACGAGUCAGUGCCAGUGGUAGAGGAGAACAAGGGUGACAGGUUCUACCCACGAACCAGCCCAGCCAAUAGGGAGAAGCGAAUCCUGAAGAGAGAUUACAGGUCUCCCCGAGAGUUUGAUAACCGUUCAGAUCGCUCGUCAGUGAAGUCUGCCUCUGCCAAUAGUAGCCAGGCCUCCAGUCGUACCAGUAGCUGCACCACCAGCCCCUGCCCCUCACCCAACCACACCAAGGGUGGGGAGAGAACCCCACCCUCCUCUGCCUCUCCAGCAGGAUGGGGGGAGAAAUACGCCCCCACAGCGGGUCAGGACACCCCCCUUCGUGAGCCCCAAGGGUGGGAGGACACCACAACAGUCUCCAAAUGUCAGAAGUGACAAGUCCUUAUCUCCUGGAGCUGGUGUCUCAGAUCCCAACCGUUACUUCAUCCUGAAGUGCAACAACCAGCGCAACCUGGACAUCGCCAUGAGCCAGGGUAUCUGGGCAACUACGCCUAGCAACGAGAAGAAACUCAACAAGGCUUUUAAAGAUUGCCAGAAUGUGUACCUGGUCUUCUCGGUUCAAGGUAGUGGGCACUUCCAAGGGUAUGCUCGCAUGGCGUCCUCCAUCAGUAAGGACAAGGUUCCUGAGUUCAGU